GUACUGUGAGCAGGGGAGCUGUAGCAAGUUAUAGCACCUAGAGCGUCUCAUUCUGAGACCGUUUAAAACGGUGAACAAAAGUGAAAGAAGGACUUUGAAGAAUGUAUACAUCGUUCUGAAAAUAGCGCUGCAGCUGAAUAUUGUAUUUGUUUGCGCGGUAGGCUACAAGCAGGAGUGCAAGUUGUUACAUUUGUGUAGCGGCACGCUUCUAUUCCAGAAACUCUUGUUUCGGCUUCGGAGGUUAUAAGGAUUUCCCGACCUAAAAGAUGGAAACUACCUUCUAUGAUGACUCGCUCAACUCUUUCUCCCAGCAUGAGAAACCGGACUACGGAUACAACCCCAAAGCACUGAAACACAGCAUGACACUGAACUUGGCCGACCCAACCAGCACACUCAAACCUCACCUCCGGGCUAAAGCCAGCGACAUCCUCACCUCCCCUGACGUGCAGCUCCUCAAACUGGCCUCCCCAGAGUUGGAGCGGCUCAUCAUCCAGUCUAGCAACGGCCUGAUCACCACCACACCUACCCCGACGCAGUUCCUCUGCCCAAGGAACGUAACCGAUGAGCAGGAGGGCUUUGCCGAGGGAUUUGUUAGAGCACUGGCGGAGCUCCAUCAUCAACACGUCUUACCCAAUGCACCCGGGGUCCCAGUCACAUCCGCUGGGCAGACAAGUAUCAACAACCAAACAAUACUCCCACCUGUUUCCGCCUUGACCGGGAGCAGUGUUUAUAACAACAACAUGACCAUGCGCUCUGAGUCGCCUGUCUACGAAGACCUGAACACGAUCACCACCAACUCAGCCCUGGGUUACACCACCUCAGCCCCAGCUAUGAGCUUUCCCUCUGCCCCGCCACAGCUGCCAGUCUAUGGGCAGCAGUCUCACCACCCCAGGCUCACUGCCCUGAAAGAGGAGCCCCAGACGGUGCCUGAGAUGCCUGGGGAGACCCCCCCUCUCUCCCCCAUCGAUAUGGAGAAUCAGGAGAGGAUCAAAGCCGAGAGGAAGCGCAUGAGGAACCGCGUCGCCGCCUCCAAGUGCAGGAAGCGGAAGCUGGAGCGCAUCUCCCGGCUGGAGGACAAGGUGAAGAACCUGAAGACUCAGAACUCCGACCUGGCUUCCACAGCAAACAUGCUGAGGGAACAGGUCGCCCAGCUCAAACAGAAGGUGAUGAACCAUGUCAACAGCGGCUGUCAACUCAUGCUUACGCAGCAGCUCCAGACCUUCUGAGGAGGAAAGGUCACUUGGAGAAGAAUAGAGAGAAAGAUUUUGAACGAAAAGGACAAAUCGUUUAUAAUUAAUUGUCUGGCUGUGUCUUCGUGGCAUUGUGACAGGGUGAACGGGACAGUAACAGCACGAGACUGGCGGGAGGGGACCGGGGCUGGUUGCCUCUUACUAGGUGCCUAGCAGGACACUGUUGCACGGAGGAGUUGGGGCUCGGGACAGAGCAGAGCACGCGAUAAACAUCGCUGGUGCACUAGAGAGAAAGAAACAGCAACAAAUAGGAGAAAUGGAUGUUUUGGUUCGUGUUUUUAAUUGACUUGAAAUUUGUUGGCUUUGACUAAGCUGUGCUUUUACGCAUUGACCUUCUGUGUAAUUCAGUAUUAGAAGAAAGACAAAGUGCAGUAGAGAAUUUAAAACUGCCUGGAGCCAAAGGAGAGGGUGUGUACUCUAAACAGAUUACAAAAAGCUGCCCAACUUCUGACUUACAAUGUACUUUUUAUUCUUAGUUAUAUUGAGGUAGAACAAACAUUUCAAGAGUUAAUUGUUUUUUUUCCAAAUGUUUUUUAAUGGGGUUCAAUGUUAUCUGUAUAUAAGAUCAACCUGGAGUACUUACAUUUACUAUUUGUAAUAAAUAAAUAAAAAUACA